AUGACAAUAGAAAUCGAAUAUAAUGAAGAAUUGGAAGGAUUAGAAACAACUAUCAAUCAAAUCAAGGGUAGUGGUGAGGGAGGAGCAGAUAGUAAAGUGUACUGUGAAGGUGAUUCAAAGAGAGCAUCACCCAAGGUCAAUGUGAAAGAUGUUGGUGAACUCAAGUUUCCAAUCACUCAAGAAUCGGUUCAAAAGUUGAUUGAUAAAUCUACAAGAGCUCCCUUUGGUAAAGGUGAACAGACCAUCACUGAUCUAAGUGUCAGAAAGGUAUGGCAAAUCGAUGCCUCUGAAGUAACUGUCACUGGAGGUAAAGCCUGGCAAACCUUUAUUGAAACAACUCUCCCUGAACAAAUCAUUAAAGGGUUAGGUUUACCAAAAGAUACUGAUCUUACUAUUGAAUUAUACAAGAUGUUAGUUUAUGAUAAAGGAGCAUUCUUUUCAAGUCAUCGUGAUACUGAAAAGGCUGAUGGUAUGUUUGCUACGAUGGUAGUAUCAUUACCAAGUCAUCAUCGUGGUGGUGAAUUGGUCAUUGAACAUGACAAGGAAUCGUAUACAGUGUCACUUGUAAAUGACACAAAGUCGAUGGUCAAAUAUGUAGCAUUCUAUGCUGAUUGCAAGCACAAGGUAGAACCAGUCACCGAAGGAUACAGAGUCAACUUGGUCUACAAUCUUAUUAGAUCAAAGGGUACCUGUACAACAUCAUCACAGAGCAACGCUGAAUUGUUGCUUUCAUCUAUCAGAUCUACAUUUGGAGAAGGUGAACGUUCCCGUUUAAUCUAUUCGUUGGAGCAUGUCUAUUCACCAGCUUCAUUUUGUUUGGAGAAACUCAAAGGCAAGGAUGCAGUAGUUGCAUCGGCACUGAUUGAAGCUAGCAAGUUACCAUGUUCACAGUUGGCUGUUGGUCUUGGAUUCAUUCACAUUGAAGAGGAGGGUGGUUUCACCGGAUACACAAACGACGAAUCCACAACUGUUGAUUUUUCCGAUAAUGAAUGUGAACCACAAGAAUACACUUUUAAUCUAGUCUCACCAAAAGAAAUUGUUGAUGGUUAUGAAAUUAAUACUUCAAAAACAAUUGAACACUCUGAAUUAUUCCCUGCUAAUGCAUUUGAUGAAGCAAAACCAUAUGAACAAGAAGCAACAGAAGCAGCAGGAAAUGAAGGAGCAACUUAUUUUAGAAGAUAUCAAAGAUCAUGUUUAAUUAUUCAUUCUCUUGAACAUUUGGAUGGAGGUCUUUAUAGUUUGGUACCAUUUGCAAUGGCUGAAAGAAUCUUAAAGGAAAGACUUGGUAAAUCAUUGGACGGUACCGAGAAUGACGAGGAUAGAGAAAAGGAUAUGAUUAGAGAAAUCACUCAAUAUACAUCAGUCUAUGGAAGUGGUGAUAUUAUUGCAAGCAUUUUGAAAUUCAUCGAGGUGUCACAACUCUUGUCACCAAUGAUGCCAUCGUCGUCUCGUGAAUUGGUCAAAAAGAUGAUUAAAAUCUUGUUUAAAAGUCAACAACCAGCUGCCAAGAAACCAUCCGUCACCACUCUCCAUGUCACUCCAAUGCCCAUCAUUGCUACCUACCCAGCAGACAUUCUCGCGUGUCUUCCAAAUAGUCUUUUUAAUAUUUACGACUAUACCAAAUUUGAUCAUCUUUUACAAGUGAUCAAGCAGUUGUGCGGAAGAGUGCCGGUUGAAGAGAUGCCAGAUGUCGGUUCAGACCCAACUGUCGACCAUCCAUUGAAAAAGAAGUGUCUCAAGGCACUUGGUAUAUUGCUCAAGGGUUAUGGAUCAUUGUGUAAUUGUGGUGGUGACAAUCAUGCCUGUAAACACUAUGAUCUAUUGUCAAAGGCAUUGACAACGAUUGAAGAGAUGGUUACCAAUUAUAGCAACAUCUUUGGUGAUGGUCAAAAGAUACAUGAACAACUACUCGAGUUGCUUACCAAUCCCACUGAACCAAAAGAUAUCACUACUCAACUCAUCGAAAUACUCUAUGAAUUCCAUUCCAAGGAUAUGACUAAAAAGAAAAGAGAACAAAUGUUUUCAAGUGUAUUUUUGUUGUACUUGACACGACCAUUUAAAGAGUGCGAUUCAUUUAUCACCCCCAUCAUUUCAUUUGAUCACUAUGUACGUCAAUACCAAUACUAUCCAGUCGCCAUGCAAAAGUAUUACAAUGCAAUUGUCAGAGAGAAAGGAGAGACAUUGCCAGCUGCUACACUCAAAACUUAUACCGUCGCAUACCAUCGCAAGGUGACUGCAUUCUUUUCGUUUGUCAUGUUGAAUACAUCCAAACCAUUUUCAUUGACUAUUUCAGGAGCACGCAAUACUCAACUCGACUAUCGUCCAGGUCAAGACCAACAAACACUCGUUGAACAGGUUGCAGUAGAGAUGGUGACCUUUUGUAUCAAAGCAGGUUUGGAUAGUGUCAUGUACGAGGUACUUAAAGAAAGCACAUUGGAUGCUAGACUCAUCGAUAUGACACUCUACCCAAAUGCUUAUGUUGUCAUACUCAAACAAAUCAAAAAUCUUCUCUCUGAAAAGAGUAAGACCAAACAACCACCAUCAUCAGAGAAUUCAUUGAAAUUUGUAGAGUUUGUCAAAUCAAAGAUCAACCAAUUGACAACCACCCUCAAAAACACACAAACCUCUGGUUCCAAGUUUACAUUUGCCUGUGUCAAUUGCUAUUGUAAACUCUGUCAACCAUUGGAAGAUUUCCUUCGUAGCAAUGAAAUCAAUUACAGUAUAACUGAUAUCAAACCUACUGUAGAACAUUGUCAAGAAUAUCUUGCUGCAUUUACACUCGGACAAGGCACCAAUCAACUCGUCAAAUCAUCCAAAACUCCUCCUGCUCUUCAAAAGCAUAUUGGCUUGUUAGAAUCUACUAUUAAAUCUUAUCAAAGUUUAUUAGAAUAA